AUGCAUGACUGGAUUCUGGCCCAAAUCAACGUUAUAGACGAUUGCGAAGAAAAUUUUCAACAUAAUAACGAAGCUGGAAAUUUAAGAAAUGCUAUUAAUACUCUAAACCAAGUUACUUUGAAUCUGAGCAAAGGACUUUGCGCGCAUCAAGAAAAGGCCCGUGAACUGGUGGCCAAUGCUCGAAGAUUUCAUCGAAUCUUGGACAAAGACUUGGAAGAGGUUCUCAGGGACAGCGCUUUAUUUCCGAAGUCGUGUAUUUGCAGCGAGGAUCGCUGCGUUUCAAAAACCUGCGUCAAAUCCUGCGAAAAUGCCUGCUUACUCAAGUAUCGUUUAGGACGAUGGAGUUGUCCGGGCUUUAACGACUCAACGAGCGUUCAUUUAAACGCAAUCUGUGAUGGCAAAUUUGAUUGUUUCGACGAGUCUGAUGAGCGUGAUUGUAGUGAAGGCAAAGGAAGAGGCAAGUUUGAAGCGAACGAAGCUUUUCUAAAAGUAACAAAAGUCUUGGAAAUGAAAAUGGCUUCGAAGGAGAACGAGCCCGUGAGGAAUGAGCUCCUGCGCCUAUACAAAUCGAUUAUUUUUCUGCAGCAUCUGAUAAGUGCUUCUAACCCUAACACGAAGUACAUAAAAAUAGUGAGAGACAGGAGUUUUACACUACUUAGUCUGAUUUAUGGAAAUUAUAUGAGGCACACGUAUAAUAGUAACGACGCCGAGCAAAUGUACAGGUUUUUAUAUGCGGUCAAUAAAAUCCUAGUGGAGGCUCUGAAACGUUCGUACACUGGCAACACAAAGCUAAUAUCAUCGAACGAUUGCAUAUGCAGAAAGGAUAAGUGUAUAAAACUGAAAUGUUCUCCAAAUUGCGUGCGAGCAUGCUCGGUGGAGAGUAAACUGACAAGAUAUUACUGCAAAGAGAGUCCAGAUAAUAGUUCUGUGGCCAUCGGAGCAUUGUGUAAUGGGAAGAAGAAUUGCCCAAACGGCGAUGACGAGAUAAACUGCAGCGCGGAAAUUUGUCGCCGUCACCAUUUGUAUUCCCUACGUCUCAGCAUACAAGAUGUUGGAAAGUACCGCGAUGGAACAGGUUUAGGUGAGAUACUCAAGUUUUGGAGGACAAAGGCAUCCUCAAUUCUUCUUCUGGCCGAGGCUAAUAUCGGGAGGCCAACUCCGCAAUACUUGCGACAGAUAGUCAAAGACCUGUUGCAGGAUCUAGUAUUCGCCUACGCCUCUUUCGAGACGAAUAAGAAGAACAUUGCCGAUACAGCCUUCCGGGAGUUUUUCGACCUCUCCCAAAGAGUGAUCUACGCUUUGAAAACAUGCGGAAAGUACGUCUGCAUAAUAUUCCUCAGUUUCCCCGUGAGCUUCGCGUCGGCUAUGUUCCGCUGGCUCGAGGAGGACACCUUCGACUGCGUGGUUGGCAUCGCGAUCGACAAUUCGCCCGCGGGCAUUGCCACAUUCGUGCACGACAGGCUGCUGGUCACCGCCGCCAACCCGCUCUACAACGUGGCGAAGCACCGCAUCAAGAUAUUCGCCAUAAACGGGAACCCGCACAGCUCGAGGACGGUGGUGGUCGACUACAUCACCACGCACCGAGACAGGAAUAACAAGUGGGUCCGGAUCGGAUCGAAUAGCAGGCACACCACGAUCUACGACCUGACCCUCAUCUCGGUGGCCGACAACGAGACCGUCUUCCCGAAGCACCAGACGCUGCCGCGGCGGCCGUACUACCUCCCGCUGGCCGAAAGGGAGUCUAAAGCCACCGCCAACGGCUGGACCCUCGCCGGCUUCGGGUUCGCCAACAAAAGGCACGUGAGGAACAGUAACAUAUUAAGGGCGGUCGUCUAUCGCGACCAAGUCAUGGUUGACUGUAGGGAUUACUUGCCGCCGGCUUGGGGCGACUUUAUCUGCAUCCUCAACGUGGAGAACUUCGCCGCUGUGCAGUCGGGGAUGCCCCUGCUUCACCAGGGCGUGGUGUACGGUGUCGGAUCGUUCUCCUACGUAAAGGAUAAGGAAAGCAUACUAGUGUUUACCGACGUAAGACCUUACAGGGGCAAACUGGCGUAUUUGUACACAAUAGAGUGGUGGCGGGGU